AUGGCGGAAAUUGUCAAGCGCGAGGAGCAAAAUGCGAAGACCAACCCCGACGCGGUGAAGGCUGCGGCAGCCGCGAAUGGCCCUCCCAACGCCAACGCUCUCCCCAUCGAUCCGAACCAACUUCUGUCUGUGUUGGGUCAAGCUGGCGGUAUCAUCAUCAACAAUGGCCAACCACAGCCGGGAACUCCAGGAACAGCUCCCCCGGCAAAUGGACUGCCACCUAAUAAUAAUGCGAACGUCCCGACAGUCACGAUCUUCGUCACAGUGACCCCGUCAGCUGCGACCAUCACACAGACGGUGAUGAUCAUGAUCCCGACAACAGUCACGGUCACUGCAACACCGGCGCCGGCGCCUCCUGUGAUCAAUCCUCAGCCAGCACCGCUGCCGCCGCCGCCGCCAGCUACCAGUGCGGCACCUCCUCCUCCUCCGCCUCCGGCCAACACCGCGCCGCCUCCACCUCCUCCGCCAGUCAUGAACCCGCCGCCUCCUCCCCUGCCUCCCAUGAGCUCCUCAUUAGGUCUCGCGCCUCCCAUUCCUCCCGGUGCUACUCCUCCUCCGACCGGCGCAAACCCAUUACCACCUCCUGCUGCGGCUGUUCCUCCCGCAUCUUCUGCUUCUUCCAGCUCCAUGCCCAAGGGCGCUGGUGGAACUCCUACCGCUGUUGUGUUGUUGGGUGUGUUUGGUGGUGUUGCCGGUGUAUCACUGUUGGCGAUGGGAGUGUUUAUCUACGGCCUGAUGAGGCGUAAGAAGCAGAAGGCUGAGGCGGAGGAAUCGGAGGACGUGACAGAGAUCCGGCAAAUAUAG